CUCAUUAAUCCUGACGGGCCACUCUGCGUAGGAUCAACUCAAGUGGCGCGCAGAUUCAUCCCAUUGGUGCUCCUCCACAGCACCAGGACUCGACAACACACACUCGCACCGACACCAGGAUCCUCUGUGUUUCAUUGCAUGGCAUGCCUCUUAUGAAAGGAAGAUAACUUGCGCCAACACGUUCAGGAUGGUUUCUAAACAUGGAUAUUGCUGCAUUGCUGUUAAUCAAGAUUAAUUCACCCGCUUGCUUUCUACUGGGUUUAGCAGUGGUUGCAUGGAUACAAAGUGUGUCUCCACUCCAAGCCAGUUCUGUGUGCCUGUCAAAGCCGUGCCAGAAUGGGGGGUCGUGCCAGGAGGCCCCCUUGGAAUACCUCUGUCAGUGCCCAUCUCCUUUGCCCAGUCCCCUCCGCCCGGAGUGCCAGGAAGAACACCAGCCAUGCCUACACGGGACCUGCCGGGGGAACACCACGUGCCAGCCCAAAUAUGCGGGCUCUCAGGAGCUGUCUUGUCGCUGUGAGGUGGGCACUUCCGGGCAGUCAUGUGAGUCCAGGGUGCAGCUCUGUGCCCAGUUCCACUGUGGAGUAGAGAAGGAGGAGGGUGCCCAAUGUCACCUGUCGUCCAGCCCCAGUGUAGAGCAGGGUUACAGCUGUGUGUGUCAGCCGGGCUUCACGGGGGCCCAGUGUGAGACCCCCAUGGACCAGUGCACCCCGAACCCCUGCCGCAACCGGGCCAUCUGCCGGAGCCGUGGCGACGGGCCCACUUGCUUCUGCGUGCCAGGAUUCCAGGGGGCGCUGUGUGAGAUCGAGGUGAACGAGUGCAUCUCCCAGCCCUGCCAGAAUGGAGCCACUUGCGUGAACAAGAUUGGCAGGUACCUGUGUCUAUGCAGGCCUGGGUUCACAGGUGUCAGCUGUGAGCUCCAAAUUGAUGAGUGUCAGUCACAGCCUUGCCUCAACGGGGGCCGUUGCCAUGACUAUGUCAACGGCUUCUCCUGCACGUGCGCCGCUGGUUUCCAGGGUGACCGGUGUGAAGUGGAUGUUGAUGAAUGCAGGGACCAGCCAUGUCAACAUGGUGCACGGUGCAUUGAUGGCAUAAACAGUUUCAGCUGUGACUGCUCUCAGACAGGAUUCAUGGGGCUCCACUGUGAAGUCCCAGAGCCGCCAUGCCUGUCUGGUCCAUGCCUCAACGGUGCGGAGUGUGAGGAGAAUGGCACGGACUACACCUGCAAGUGUUGGCCAGGUUUUGAAGGGCCGCGCUGUGAAGUGGAUGUGAGUGAGUGUGCCAGCGGCCCAUGUCUGAACGGUGGUCGAUGCCUCGAGCGGUCCUGGGAGGCCCUCUACGGCACCGAGCCAGACUUCCCGGAGACGUUUGACCCCCGCCAUGCUGCGGGAUACACCUGCAGAUGCUCACCUGGAUUUACAGGUAUCCUUUGUAAGGAAGACGUAAACGAGUGUGAUGCCUCACCGUGUCAGAACGGCGGCGUCUGUGAGAACACGCUGGGCAGCUACACCUGCGUGUGUCCGCACCUGUCCCCGGAUGGACUCCACUACGGCGGUCAGAACUGCACGGUGGCACUUGUGGGCUGCGAGGGCCACGAAUGCCAGAAUGCCGCUGCCUGCCUGCCGUUCCUGAGCGAGGGUCGCCACGGCUACGGCUGCCUGUGCCCGGCUGGCUUCACCGGCUCACGCUGCCAGACGUCCACCACGUUCUCGUUCGAGCGCCGCGGCCGACUGCUCCUGCAGACGCCGCUGCUGGACGCCGAGGCCGCCUCCAACAUCACGCUGAGCUUCCGCACCGUGCUGACCGACGCUGUGCUCUUUCAGCGGGGCAGUGGCGGGCCCCUGCUGACCCUGGAGGUCCACGACGGGCGCCUGCGGCUCAGCCUCCGCGUCGGGGACACUCCGCUCGGGGCCCUGGAGCUGUCGCGGAACGUGACAGACGGCCAGUGGCACGGCGUCCAGGCGCUGCUCAGCGAGGGCCUGCUGGCACUGACCCUGCUGGACGCGGGCUGCGAGAGCGGCGGCCCAGACUGCGAGGGCUCGACUCAGGUGGACAGCGGGCCCCCGGGGUCGGCGCUGCAGCACACCCUGAUCGGUGGACCGGACGGCCCAAGCUUCAUCGGCUGCCUGAGGGACCUGUUCGUGGACUCGCAGCUGAUGGUGCCCGAGGACUGGCUGAGCAGCUCAGCCAUCAACGUCACGCCGGGCUGCAGCCACCGCGACCGCUGCCUGGACGGGCCCUGCGAGAACCGUGGCCAAUGUGUGAACCUGUGGCAGGCCUACCAGUGCCGCUGCCAGAGGCCAUACCAGGGCCAGAACUGCUCUGAGGAGUAUGUCACUGCCCGCUUUGGGCAUGAGGACGCGCAGAGCUACGCCAUCUUCUCCCUGGACCAGGAGCCCGCCGAGCCAGACGCACUGUCCGUCUCGCUGUUCGUGCGGACGCGGCGUCCCUCGGGCCUCCUGCUGGUGCUGUCCAACGGAACGGGUCAGUACCUGCGCAUAUGGCUGCAGCGCGGCCUGGUGCACGUGCAGGUCCACCAGCUGGAGGAGGUGCGGGGGGCGGGCGCGCUGGACGACGGCGAGGUCCACCUGGUGACCGUCAGCGUGGAGGGGGGCCAGCUGCGCCUGGCCCAGUCAGGGCAGGGCGAGGGGGUGGUCAGCGCGGAGACGCGCCCUGUGAGGGUGCAAGCGGGGGACGUGGUGCACGUCGGAGGGCUGGAGGAGGCACGGGGCACGGCCACGUUCGGGGGCUACUUCAAGGGCUGUGUGCAGGAUCUGAGGCUGGGCGCCUCGCUGCUGCAGUUCUUCGCCCUGGAGCUGGAUGACGAGCCGGUCAGCUCGCUGGUGCCCCAGAGGAUGAGUCAUGUCGUCCAGGGAUGUGUGGGAGACGAUACCUGCGCUAAAAACCCCUGCCAGAAUGGGGGCAUGUGCUACUCGGUGUGGGAUGACUUCACGUGUACGUGUCCACCCAACACAGCCGGGCAGCAGUGUGAGGAGGUGAAGUGGUGUGAGCUGUCGCCCUGCCCGCCGGAAGCUGUGUGCCGCACUCUGGGCCGUGGCUACGAGUGUAUUGCCAACAUGACUUUCCACGGGAACACGGCCAUAACCUACAGAGGCAGUGAGAGGAUUGAGAGCAGCCUGACCAGCAUCGCCUUCAGCCUGCGGACCCGCCAGCGCGACGGCGCCAUCUUGCACGCAGAGCGCGGCGCAGAGUUCAUCACCGUGUGGCUGCAGGACGGCCUGCUGGUCCUGCAGCUGCUGAGCGGCAACACCUCCUCUUCGUCCUCUUCGUCGUCAUCAUCGUUAUCGCCAUCAGUACCACCAUCAUCAUCAUCAUCAUCAUCAUCCUCAUCAUCCUCAUCGUUGGUGGCAUCGGAAACCCUCACCCUGCGCAGCUUGGUACCGGUGAAUGACGGCGCCUGGCACAACGUCGAGUUCUUUAUGGUGGCGCCGUGGGCCGAGGCCUCGCCGUGGACACUGCUGCUGGAUGACCGCGAGGAGCUCUCGUCCACCUCGGGUGCGGCCCUGGCGGGCAGCCUGGACUUCCUCCGCGACGGCGGCGUGGACGUGCAGCUGGGCGGCCUGGGCCCCGAGGCGGGCGGCUGGGGCCUGACCGGCUGCCUUGGCACGGUGGAGCUGGGCGGCGUGCCGCUGCCCUUCUACGGCGCCGACGAGGUGAGACUGCCGCGGCUGCAGGCCGAGCGCUUCGACCUGAGGGGCGUGGCGGGCCCGGUGCCAAGCGCCGGCUGCUGGGGCGAGCCCGUGUGCCACCCGGAGCCCGUCUGCUUGAACGGCGGACUCUGCCGCGACCUCUUCAACGACUACGCGUGCGACUGUGUCCCGGGCUGGACGGGCCGCCGCUGCGAGCUCAACGAGGACACGUGUGCCUCGGCGCCGUGCGUCCACGGCAACUGCACGGUGGUUGGCCUGGAGUACAGGUGCGUGUGCCAGGUGGGCUACACGGGCACCAACUGCAGUACGGAGGUGGAUGUGUGCGAGGGGCAUGCCUGUGCCAACGGCGCCACCUGCCUGCAUGGCGUCAACAAGUACGCCUGCCUGUGCGCCGAGAACUACACAGGCUCUUACUGCGAAGAUAAGGUUGAGGAGAUUCCAUGGUACUUAGUCGUCCAUAAAAUGCGCCCCAAGCUCCCGGUGACCAUCUGUGGGGACGAGCUGCGCAACUACGCGUGCUUCAACGGGGGCAACUGCUCCGAGCUGGAGCUGAGCUGCGACUGCCUGCCGGGAUUCAUCGGACACCGGUGCGAGCAGGAACUGGACGAGUGCAAGUCCAAUCCGUGCCUGAACGGUGGCUACUGCCGGAACCUGGUGAACAAGUUCCAGUGUGUGUGCGAGAUGAGCUUCGGCGGCGAACGCUGCCAGGUGGAUUUGAGUGUUGAGGGCCUGACCUCUGACCUGCUACUGUCGGCCAGCCUGCUUGCCGUGGCGCUGCUGGUGGCUCUGUCAGCCUCGGUGACGGUGCUGGUGGUGACGCUGAACCGGCGGGCGACCCGCGGCACCUACAGCCCCAGCCGGCAGGAGAAGGAGGGCUCUCGCGUGGAGCUGUGGAGCAUCGUCCAGCCGCCGCCCACAGAGAGGCUCAUCUGAGUGGGAAACAUGGCAGGAGGGGGGUGGGGGGGCUGUGGUCAGCCGCACAGCUGCAGGCCCAGGGUCAGACACAGGUGGAGCAGAGGGGACCAGGGACAGAGCUGAAGUGAAUGGAUAGGAAGGGGAUUUGAUGUAGUACUGGAUUCCAAACAAUCAGCGUCAGAGACACUCAACGCCUUCAAUUUCCCUGAAUGCCUUUUUUAGUGUCUUUUGAAUCUGAGUGACUGAAUGAAUUGAAUUGAAAUUAUGUGCAGUAUAUUGAGGUGAACAGUUCCAAAUCCUUCUGACAUCAGGUGAGCAGGAUGAAUUAUCCACACCCAGACAAGCUUGAUUUGUGCUUAACAAACUUCCCAGAGAAGCUUAGUUCUGGCUGUCUAUUAUUGUCUAUAUACUAGGCUAUUUAUUGAUUCUCUCAGGCAAACAUAUAGCCAAUCAGUUCUGAGAUGCUAGACCUAGUUCAGAAUAGGUGGUACUGUAUAUAUUGUUUGAGAACAGAACCAGCAUCCAAGGCAGCUGUAGUGAUAGAUGAACAGUAGAUGAUCACUGUGAAACAGUGAGUUGGAUCUGUAGAUAUAUUUUAUUGUUGCAUUGUUUUAGUAAACAAAGCAAAUAGUUGUUGCUAGUUAAUCUUCUGUACAUAAUUCUUAACUGUUGUCAAACACCCAUUUCGAAAAUGUACUUUGGCUAAAAGAGAAACAGUAUGAUUUACACUAAAAUACUUCAAGACAAAGCACCCUUCCAUUUAGACAGAAGACUAUGACAUAGAAUGACUCUCACUGUCUCAGCUCUGCUAGCUUCGUUAGAAUAACCUGUUUUACUAAACUCAGUCAAUAUUUUCUCUUGCUUUAAGCCUAAUUGUUAAAUGCCUCUUUACACUCUUACAAUUCUAAUUAAGCUAUUCAUGGCCAUUUAAAUUCAGCUGUUGUGGUCCAGUUACAUGGUGCUGUAGGGGACCUAGCCACUAUUUCUGUCCCACCUGUUUGUCUUUUUGCAUGCUUAAACCUCAGUUGGGUCAUAUUAACUGCGUGCGCUGCCUUUAAGCCUUAUUUUUGCCAUUGCCUGUCAAUUUGUUCAUCUGUGAGCCAAAACAUGUAAAAUGGUACGGAUUCAUUGCAGAUCUACUGGUUCUUAAGACUGAUUACCUCACCGUGCAUGAACAAACACAACUGAGCAUGUUGUUGAAUACCCAUG